CCAAGUCUCCUGUGCGCACUUUUGAGACCUCAUGACCAUUUUGCCCGCAAAGGUCCUUACGGGGGAGGCGCUCCUUUCAGGCUUCCGACCAGCUUCGGAGGUUUUGGCCGCCAGAUGGCUCGGUCUUUGGCCCGCCACUUGGGUUUCGUUAGGUUCCCACCGCUGGGGUUUCGAUUCGGCGUGCGAGUCGUAUCUGCUCUUGAUGGGCGCUAAAGCCCAACUGCGAAAAAGCCUGUGGAAGACGCAGCUCUGCAAGUUCUGGUCCUCAGGGCAAUGCCACAACGGGGCCAGCUGCAGCUUCGCCCACAGCCAGGAGGAGCUGUUGCGCCCGCAGGCCCCACGCCUCUGCCGGCGCUACGACCGGGGCUUCUGCAACAAGGGGGCCAAGUGCCAGUUCGCCCACGGGUCGCAGGAGCCAACGGGGCAACUCAAGGAUCCGAAUCGGUUGAGCUGUGCGACCAGUGCCGCGAGUUCUGCGAACAGUUCCACUGGUAGCACUCGAGAAGACAGCGAGCAGGUCUGCAUGCUCCUGUCCCAGGCGCUGCAGGACUCCGAUGAGCAGACAGGCAGUCCGGAUGAGGGCCAGAGACCCGCGGCCCGCAUCAAGUGGUACUUCAAUGUGUAGCCCGGCUCGAAGCGUGACAUCCCGCAAAACAGGAC